AUGUCCUUUGCCUACAGUACUGCUGCCGAUAUGGCGGAAGGCGGAGAACGCGAGCCUCGCGAGGUCAAGAACCACAUCCUGUUUGAGAUUGCAACCGAAGUUGCACACAGAGUUGGCGGUAUCUACUCCGUCAUCAAAUCGAAAGCUCCCGUUACGACGGCCGAGUAUGGCGACCGCUACACCUUGAUUGGUCCGCUCAAUCAUACUUCUGCUGCUGUCGAAGUUGAGGAGCUCGAACCGAAGGACCCUGCGCUCACUGCCACGAUCCAGUCGAUGAAGGAUCGUGGCAUCGGCAUAUUAUACGGACGAUGGCUUAUCGAGGGUGCACCGCGCGUCCUGCUAAUCGAUACAAAGACUGCCUACCAGCAUCUCGACGAGUGGAAGACUGAUCUUUGGAACGUUGCUUCCAUCCCUUCGCCUCCUGGUGACGACGAGACCAACGAGGCCAUUGUGUUUGGUUACCUGGUUGCUUGGUUCCUGGGAGAGUAUGUUUGCCACGAGAAGAAGAAGGCGGUCAUUGCCCAUUUCCACGAAUGGCUUGCGGGAGUUGGACUGCCUCUGUGCAAAAAGCGACGUAUUGAUGUCACCACCAUCUUCACCACUCACGCCACUCUGCUGGGAAGAUAUCUUUGUGCUGGUUCCGUCGAUUUCUACAACAAUCUCCAGUGGUUUGAUGUGGAUGCUGAAGCUGGAAAGCGUGGUAUUUACCACCGAUACUGCAUCGAGCGUGCUGCUGCCCACUCGUGCGAUGUCUUCACCACUGUCUCGCACAUCACUGCAUACGAAAGUGAGCACUUGCUGAAGCGCAAGCCCGAUGGUGUCCUGCCCAACGGAUUAAACGUGACCAAGUUUGCAGCCAUGCACGAGUUCCAAAACCUCCACGCCCAAUCCAAGGAAAAGAUCCACGACUUUGUUCGGGGCCACUUCUAUGGCCACUAUGACUUUGAGCCCGAGAAUACUCUGUACUUCUUCACAGCCGGUCGGUACGAGUUCAGGAACAAGGGCUGCGACAUGUUCAUUGAGUCUCUGGCGAGGCUCAACCACCGUCUCAAAGCCUCUGGAAGUAAGACUACUGUCGUGGCUUUCGUCAUCAUGCCUGCUCAGACGUCCUCCCUCACUGUGGAAGCCCUGCGGGGUCAGGCCGUGGUCAAGUCUCUCCGGGACACAGUCGAUGUGAUUGAGAAGAGCAUUGGUCGCAGGAUCUUUGAGCGUUCUCUGAAGUGGCAUGAUGGCGACCCUCUUCCCGACGAGAAGGAACUGAUUACUAGCCAGGACCGCGUGCUACUCCGCAGACGUCUGUUUGCCAUGAAGCGUCACGGGCUUCCGCCCAUUGUCACCCACAACAUGGUGAACGACGCCGAAGAUCCAAUCCUCAACCAAAUCCGUCGUGUCCAGCUCUUUAACCACCCAUCAGAUCGCGUCAAGAUUGUUUUCCACCCAGAAUUCCUCAAUUCGGCCAACCCUGUGCUGCCCCUCGACUACGAUGAUUUCGUCCGUGGAACCCAUCUCGGCGUCUUUGCAUCAUACUACGAGCCGUGGGGUUACACCCCGGCCGAGUGCACCGUCAUGGGUGUUCCCUCGAUCACGACCAAUCUCUCGGGCUUCGGUUGCUACAUGGAAGAGUUGAUUGAAAACUCUAGCGACUACGGCAUAUACAUCGUAGACCGCAGGACCAAGGGUGUCGACGACUCUGUCAAUCAGCUUACCAACUGCAUGUUGGAGUUUUGCCAGAAGAGCCGUAGGCAGCGCAUCAAUCAACGCAACCGUACCGAGCGGCUUAGCGACCUCCUUGACUGGAAGCGAAUGGGACUCGAGUACAUAAAGGCGCGUCAACUUGCACUACGUCGGGCCUACCCGAACUCGUUCGACGGUGACGACACAGCCGAUUUUAUGAACAACAGCGACCAAAAGAUCUCGCGUCCCUUCUCGGUCCCCGGAUCUCCUCGUGACAGGGCUGGGAUGAUGACGCCUGGUGACUUUGCCAGUCUGCAGGAGGGCAGGGAGGGACUGAGCACUGAGGACUACGUAUCGUGGAAGCUUCCGGAGGAGGAGGACCCCGAUGAGUACACUUUCCCCCUGACCCUGGGGGCGAAACAGCGGCCUUCAGGCCCCGCCAGCCCGCUUGACGGCGUGCAUCUCAACGGCAACGGCAACUAG